UUGUUUCUUCACAUACCUCCCUGUCGAAAGAAAGUCAACAUGUCUUCCAGUUUUUCUCGCAGCACCAGCUACGUCUCCAGUGGCUCGAUGGUGGGUUCAUCAUCUCGCACCACUCGCAUGUCUGUGUCAGGUUCGAGGAGCGGCUAUGGUUCCAGUGUCAGGUCUGGCAGUGUAUAUGGAGGAGCUGGAGGUUCAGGUGUUCGCAUCUCCACGGCCUCUUCUGGCUUCGGGGGCUUUGCCGGGUCUGAUGACACCAGCGUCAUCGGAAACGAGAAAGCCACCAUGCAGAGCCUCAAUGACCGUCUGGCAAACUACCUGGCCAAGGUGCGAGCCCUGGAGAAAGCCAACGCUGAUCUGGAACUGAAGAUUCGUCAGUUCCUAGACAGCAAAACUGCCCCGGCUGCUCGUGAUUAUAGUCGAUAUUAUGCCACUAUAGAGGAUCUUCAGACUAAGAUCAUGGCAGCAAUUAAUCUGAAGGGUGGAAUACAUCUCAGCAUUGACAAUACAAGUCUGGCAAUAAAUGAUUUUAAAUUAAAAUACGAGGCCGAGCAUGCCAUGCGUCAGUCUGUGGAGGCAGACAUUAUGGGGCUUAAACGGGUGCUUGAAGACAUGGACAUCACCGGCAAAGACCUCAGCAUGCAGAUCGAAGGGCUGAAGGAAGAGUUGGUGUUUUUGAAGAAGAAUCACGAGGAGGAUCUUCUGGCUGCACGCAGUCAGAUGAGCGGUCAGGUUAAUGUUGAAGUCGAUGCCCCUGAUCAUCAAGAUCUCACAAAGGUCCUGGCUGAACUUCGGGAGUACUACGAAUCGGUUACUGCCAAGAACCAAAGAGAACUUGAGCAAUGGUUCAAGACUAAGACAGAAACUCUAAAAGAGGAGGUUGUCAUCAGCUCGACAGAUUUGAAAACAUCUCGCACUGAAAUCAACACGCUCAAAUCCAAAGUGCAGACUUUGGAAGCCGAACUUCAGUCGCUUUUGGCUUUGAAAUUGUCCCUGGAAUCCACAUUGACUGAAACCAAAUCUCGAUAUUCCAUGAAGCUCAGUGGCUUCCAAAGCCAGGUUACCUUCCUGGAGGAUCAGAUAACAAAGAUCCGGGCAGAUUCUGAGCGUCAGCGGCAGGAAUACCAAAUACUGUUGGACAUCAAGGCCAGACUGGAGAUGGAGAUCGCAGAGUACAGAAGACUGCUGGAUGGAGAAGCCAUUGUCAGUACAUCAACAACCUCUUCUUCCUCCAGCUCCACCACCACCACCAAGAAGGUCAUCACUGUUGUACAAGAGGUGGUGGAUGGAACGGUGACCUCCUCCAAAUCUGCAUCUUUUAGCACCCAACGCACAUUUUGAUGGGCUUUAAAACCAAGCACUCAAUAAAGCAAUAUCCUCAACUAUAUUCUGCUUGAUGUGAACAUGAAAAUGCAUUUAAGUCCUAUAUGGGAGAGUUAAUGAAUGCUAUAAUUUGACUGUAAAUGGCAUUCAUUGAUUCUGCAUCUCCACUAUGCAAAAUAAACAAUACAAAUGCUGCA